AUGAAGUGGUCGACUCUUCUUCCUCUGGCAACACUCUCUCUACUCCCUUUCACCGGGGCAUGGGAAGUAACAUGGACUGGCCCCGACAACAAAAAGCACAGCCAAUCCGGCCACGGCCCCAGUGACUGCAUUGUGAUUGAUAACCCCAAGGGCCAUCUGUUCAAGAUCGACUCCCAGGGCGAAAAGGGGAUCAACAUGCUCCUCUUCACGAACAGCAAGUGCUCCGGCAAACCAGCAGGCAUGGCGACCGAGAUCUUUUCCAAGGAAGCUUCCGAGGGCCUGCUCGGCUUCAAGGUCGUGAGUCUUUCGUCAACGACAACCUCGACAACCACCACGACCGAGAAAUCCGCCAGUGGCGCUGCGACGACGUCCCCGACGACUGCGUCGAGUCCGACUGCCUCCAUGGGGAGCAGCGGUAGCGGCGCAUCGAUGACGAUGCAGACGACAACUGCGACAGGCCCAGCUGCGACAACGACCUCGAAAACUUCGAGCGGCGCGUCUUCCGCGACUUCGAGUGCGGCGAGCACAAGCACGACCAAUGCGGCGGUUCCAUUGGCGGGUUCGAACGGGGAUAUUGCAAAGGGAGUCGUGGGUAGCAUCUUUGGGUUGGCGAUGGUACAAUGGAUGAUUUAG